ACAUUGAUUUUCGUAACGUGACAGAAUUUUUACGCAACCACGAUUGCGACGAACCUCUGUAAUAAAUCACGAACUGGAAGAGUGACUUCCGCACCACAAACUGGAGUGAUCUCGGAACACUUGCAUUGGACUGUGAGUUCUCACUUCAAUCUCUGAAAAAAAUGGCGACCAUCGAUCUAAAAUCCCCACGAAGCCCAUCAAAGAGGCUCCUCCUGUCGUUCAGGAUCCCUUACCACACUCAAUGGGGCCAGAGCCUACUCGUCUCGGGCUCGGAACCGGUCCUGGGAUCAUGGAACGUGAAGCGGGGGCUCCUUCUAACCCCUGUUCAUGCCAACAACGACCUUCUUUGGUGCGGGACGCUCAGCGUUCCCGUUGGUUUCAGGUGCGAGUACGGCUACUUCUUGGUGGACGACGAGAGAGAGCUGUUGAGAUGGGAGGGAAGCAGGCACACCAUCGCUCUAACCUCUGAAUUUCAGGAAGGAGAGGUAGUUGAGAUCCAUGAUCUUUGGCAGACUGCAAAAGAAGCUCUCUUCAAUAGAAGUGCAUUCAAGGACGUUAUUUUUCAUAGGAGGAGCAAUUCAGAUUCUUAUGUUGCCCAAAAUGGCUGUCAAAAUUCCAAGGCGGCUCUGAAUCAGCAGGGAAUCAAGCCAUUGCUAGCAGGAACGGAUUAUGUGUACAUUCACUUCAGAAUAAACUGCCCAAAGUUGGAAGAUGGUGUGUCUGUUAUUGUGACUGGAAGCUGUAGCAUGCUUGGGAGAUGGGAGGUGAAGAAUGGACUAGAACUUACAUGUUUAGGUGGAUCCAUUUGGCAAGCAGAUUGUAUAGUAAACAAAUGUGAAUUUCCUAUAAAAUACAAAUAUGGUAAAAUAAGCAAGAGAGGAAAUGCAAUCCUGGAAAUUGGCCCCAACAGAGAUCAUACAAUUGAUUCAAUCUUAGACAGGAUACCAAGGCAUAUUUUGGCAUCUGAUGGUGUCUUCCGGGAAGCUUCCUGGAGAGGUGCUGGCAUUGCUAUUCCCAUGUUUUCAAUUAGAUCAGAAGAUGACCUCGGAGUUGGAGAAUUCCUUGACCUUAAGUUAUUAAUCGAUUGGGCAGUUGAUUCAGGAUUUCACUUGAUUCAGCUUUUGCCUGUCAAUGAUACAUCUGUCCAUGGAAUGUGGUGGGAUUCAUAUCCCUACAGUUCUCUAUCCGUCUUUGCGUUGCAUCCUUUGUAUUUGAGAGUACAAGCCCUUUCAAAGAGUUUUUCAGAUGAAAUUGAGAACGAGAUCAUACAGGCUAAAAGUAAUCUAGACCUUAAGGAUGUGGAUUAUGAAGCUACCAUGAACAUAAAAAUUUCCAUUGCCAAGAAGGUUUUCUCAGUAGAGAAGGAUGCUGUGCUUUCUUCCAGUUCCUUUCAGAAAUUCUUUUCUGAGAAUGAGGAUUGGUUGAAACCUUAUGCAGCCUUCUGUUUCCUAAAGGAAUUUUUUGAAACAUCAGAUCACACUCAGUGGGGUUCUUUUGCCAAAUAUUCGGUUGAGAAGUUGGAGAAAAUUGUUUCAAAAAACAGAGUACACUAUGACAUCAUAUGCUUCCAUUACUAUAUCCAAUAUCAUCUACACCUACAGCUCUCAGAGGUAGCUUCCUAUGCAAGAAGGAAAGGAGUAGUCUUGAAGGGUGACCUACCCAUUGGGGUGGAUAGAUGGAGUGUUGACACUUGGGUUUACCCAAAUCUCUUUCGUAUGAACACAUCAACUGGAGCACCUCCUGAUUAUUUUGACAAAAAUGGGCAGAACUGGGGUUUCCCAACCUAUAACUGGGAGGAGAUGUCAAAAGAUAAUUAUGCUUGGUGGCGUUACCGUUUGUCACAGAUGGGGAAGUAUUUCACUGCAUACAGGAUUGACCAUAUUUUGGGUUUCUUUCGAAUCUGGGAACUGCCUGAACAUGCUAUUACUGGUUUACUGGGAAAAUUUCGGCCAUCCAUCCCUCUUAGCCAGGAAGAGCUUGAGAAGGAAGGUAUAUGGGAUUUCAAUCGACUCACCCAUCCAUACAUUCGAAAAGACAUGUUAGAGGGGAAAUUUGGAUGCCUGUGGACGGUUAUUGCUUCAACCUUCUUGAAUGAGUACCAGAAGCUCUGCUAUGAGUUCAAGGAGGACUGCAACACGGAAAAAAGAAUUGCUGCCAAGCUUAAGUCAGCCACCGAAAGGAUCUUGUGGAUAGAGCAAGAGAACAAAAUACAAAAUGAUCUUUUUGAUCUUUUAAAGAAUGUUGUUCUUAUUAGAGAUGAAGAAGAUACAAGAAAAUUUUAUCCUCGAUUUAAUAUGGAAGAUACAUCUAGCUUUAAAGAUUUAGACGAUCACAGUAAAAAUGUACUGAGAAGAUUAUAUUAUGAGUAUUAUUUCCACCGGCAAGAAAUCCUUUGGCGUAAAAAUGCACUGAAGACCCUACCUGCCCUCUUGAACUCAUCAAAUAUGUUAGCUUGUGGAGAAGAUCUUGGACUUAUUCCUUCAUGUGUUCAUCCUGUUAUGCAAGAGCUUGGUAUAAUUGGACUCCGCAUUCAGCGGAUGCCUAGCGACCUGGGUCUCGAGUUUGGUAUCCCAUCGAAGUAUGACUACAUGACAGUUUGUGCACCAUCAUGUCAUGAUUGCUCGACACUGCGUGCUUGGUGGGAAGAAAGCGAGGAACGAAGAGAACGAUAUUUUAAGGAAAUAAUCGGAGACGAUGGUAUACCGCCUUCGUCCUGUGUUCCCAGUAUCGCAUACAACAUCAUACAGCAGCAUUUUGAGUCACCAUCAAUGUGGGCAAUUUUCCCUCUCCAGGAUCUGUUGGCACUGAAAGAAAUAUAUACAAUCCGACCUGCAGUGGAGGAGACAAUCAAUGACCCAACAAACCCAAAACACUACUGGCGAUAUCGUAUGCAUGUGAGUUUGGAGACACUAUUGAGCGACAAUGAGCUCACAAUGACCAUUAAAGAUCUGGUGGUGAGAAGUGGUCGAUCAUCCCCUUAGGCGGAGAACGACAAUAAGAAUCUCAGUGAUAAGUGCCGGUGGAUACGGUCAGCAUCAUGUCUCACCCUGUUGGAAAAUUUGACGCCUAAUAAUAAUCAUCAUGGAUGCAGUUUGCCAGCAGUUAGCUUUUCAGCUGUAAUAUGAAUAAUGAGCUAUGUAUAAGAUACUUCAUCUGUUUGGAGCUGCUUUUCUUUCUUUCUGCAUAUUGUCUAUUGCUAUUAUAAACAAUAAGCCACAGGUUUUGCAUUUAAA